CUCUUUCUCCCGCAUUUAGUGUUUAUAACCUCUGCUACUAUUGUGUUAGGUACUAACUUAUGUCUAUGUUUUUUCUCCUAUUUGUUUAAUUGUGCACAAGUUGAUGGAUCUUGAAUCAUACUCCUCUUCCGACCCAUAGCCAGUGGCAGCCUGUAUGAUGAUGCUGCAGAUUAAUCUAUUGUGGACGGUUCUCCUGGUCACGGAAAAGUGUUGUGUCAGGGGCCCGAAUACUGGCAGUCCUGCCCAAUACUUUCCACAGUCACUUCGCCUUCGCUCAUUCCAUCUUGUCGGAACUGGGUGCCAGAGGUCACGAGGUUACUGUCUACAGCACCCGGCCUGCCCCUGACCCUUUAGGCAACAUGACUCACAUUCAAGUUGUUUCUGGGUAUAAAGAGUUAAUCGACAGGCUCAUGGGUUACGACGUGGUGACGAUGUAUUUAAAACGUGUCUUCAGUGGAUUAAUGCUAUGGCAAGCUCCUCAGGUCAAGUGUGCGGCCUUCCUUAGAGAUGAGAAGAUUCAAGAACUUCUGCAUUCACAGAAGACAUUUGACCUGGUGAUAUCGGAGGCCACUCGGGUUGAAGAAAGCAUGCUGGUAUUCGGUCAUGUCUUCAACGCUCCAACAAUAUCCCUGUGGUCUACAGGACCUCUACCAGUCCUUAACAGUUUGACUGGGAAUUCGAUAUCCAUCGCUUAUGCACCUGAUUAUACCACGUUUACCUUCACAAGCAAGAUGACAUUUUUGGAAAGGGUGAAGAAUCUAUGGGCGACUCUACUAAGUUUGACCUUCUAUCAUCUAUUUCACUUGCCAAGGCAAGAAGAGUUUGUCAAGAAAUAUCUGCCAGAUUUGGAUAUUCCGCCACUGGAAGUGUUGGCAAGGAAUGUGUCCCUAACCCUCAUCAACAGCCACCCGACAAUAAGCUACCCUCAGCCCUACACUCCCAACAUGAUCCCUAUUGCAGGAGCUCACAUUCGUCAAAGAAAUGCCACACUGCCACAGGAUAUUUCACAGUUCAUGGAUAAUGCACUGGGAGGUGUCGUAUACUUCAGUUUGGGCACUCUCAUGCCCUUACAAACCCUCCCGGAACAUCUGAUUAAAACCUUCAUAAGCGUGUUUGAAAAACUACCGUACAAAGUCCUUGUGAAAGCAUCGCCUGAAGAAAUGCCUCAGAUUCCGAGUAACGUGUUUCCUGCAAAAUGGAUUCCUCAACAGGCUGUUCUAGCACAUCCCAACUGCAGGCUGUUUGUCACCCACGGGGGGCUAUUCAGUCAGUGGGAGGCGCUGGACGCUGGUGUGCCGGUGGUCGCCCUGCCCUUCAUAGGGGAUCAAUUUUUUAACGCCAGAUUCUACGAGGAGCUGCAAGUCGGCGUGCGAAUCCCUCUAGAGAGUGUCACUAAUCAUUCUCUAGCUGCUGCCAUACUUGAGGUUAUGGAAAACCAAAGGUACACUGAUGAAGCUCGCCGGGUGUCCAAGCUGUUUCGUUCAGUACCCAUACCCCCCAUGGAGUCUGCCAUUUAUUGGAUAGAGUAUGUCCUAAAACACCGAGGAGCUUUCCAUCUCACCCCCGCCUCCGCCUCGCUAAAUCUUCACCAGAGGGCAUUACUGGACAUCAUGUUGGUCUUUUCCAUCACAGCCAUCAUAGCUAUCGUCUUCAUCUAUAUAAUGUGUAAAAAAUGUGUUUUAUUGUUUAGAAAAAAAUUGCCUAGAAUAGAAAACAAUUCUGUGAAUGGUUUGGUUUCAAGCAAGAAUAACAAGGAUAAAGAUAUUUAA